AGCUAACUAGCUGGGUAACCUGGCUGGGAAAAUAGUCAUGAAACACCAUAAAUAUGCUAUGCAUUGCUUUCACAAUGGUAUCACAAAUCCCUUGGCUUAUGUUGUGCAAUGGCUUGUGCCCUUAGUAUUUUGGCAUGGUUUACGUCAGGUGGCUCGCACUAGUUAACGACAAUGAGCUCUGCCAAAGCAUGGCAUAAUGCAGAUUACACAGUUGUUGACGAGAGUUGGUAAUGGCGGUGGUUGCGAACACAAACGGGGGGGGAUUCAUGCCCUGGAUUAACAUUGAUCGUCGCGUGUGAAUUGUGCUAUUGGACAUGCACCGUAACCAGUGGCGGCUGGUGACAUUUAUUGGGCGGCGCGGUUUAAGUAGCACUCAACAAUGAGAAGAAAAGAGGUUUUGAGUAGAAUAUUGUAAAAAACAACGCUUUAUUUCAAGAAAACACAGCGUGCUCAACACGGUCCAAUAACAACUAUCAACACACUGUAACAUUAGCAUGAGAGGUUCAGAGCAGCUUUAAGAAACAUGGGGCUGGGUUUCAGAGGUUUACAGAAUAAAAGAGGUUCAGAGCAGAAUAGUCAGAAAGAGAUGCAGGGUUAGCUUUCAUGCUGUUAGCUAGAUAACUGCGGUAAGAUUCGUUUACACUUGUCUGCAGCUCUUUAGAUCCCUCACCCCGUUGUAGUCCAGUAUUUCAGUCCCAGGACUUUGGAACAACAGACAGGGGAAACUAAACAGCGCAGUUAUAAGUUAUAAAUUCAAAAGUUAAAAUGUUUCAGUUCUCAAUUCAUUAUCUGAUGAAUAGUUUACAUUCUUAGUUGUGAUGAGGUGUACCCACUUUCCUCUUCCCCCACAACCUCUUUCUCACAGCGCUUUGAGCAUCUUAUUAAUGGAAAGGUUUUUUAAUGCAAUAUAUUAUAAUAACUCCAAUGCUGCCUUUUUCUUUGUUACUUUUCUCAGGUUAAUGCAGAAUUCAUGCGGAUCACAACUAUGCCUCUACAAACCAAGUUCAUGGCACAACUUGACAGAUACUCCGCUGACCUAACCAAGCUCUUCAGCAAGAGAGGCGGGACUGCUGGAAAGAAGAUUAGACGCAUCAUGGAGAGGACGCCUCAGUGUGAUGACAUAAACUCCAGACGAGAACGUGUCCUAAGAAGCCUCUGUGUCUACCUCAAUGAGGAUGAUGAAACUCUCAUCAAGGAAUACAUGAACCGCAACUUGGAAGAAGCGGACAGGGAGUCGGCCACCAUGGGACUUCAUGUCGUUCGGAAAGAGGGUGCUGAUGCAGGGGAAGAGCCUGAACAUGUCGGAGUGGUGAUCGAGGGUGUGGAGCUGCUAAGCAACCUGGGAAGCGUUUCUUUUGGAUUUUCCAUGCUUUUUGGACUGAUUUACUGUCUCAACAUGAGCUACCCACAAGGGCUCAAAUUCACAUUUGAGUUCCUCCAGAAGGUGCUGAUGAACUUGGAUGGCAACAAUCUUUCUCCUAAGGUUCAAGCACUUAAAAUUAAGAUGCUCCAGUAAACUCACUUAUAGGUCUGAAGGCCUCAUGU